AUGAAUUUCGACCAGAAGGCUGUGAAAUUCCUGGCAAAUUUUUACAUCAAUGGGGGCAAACACUGGACCCAUGGCCCCCCGAGUCAGAAGCCGCUAUAUCCCACCCAGCCUGAGGCUGCUGUGCUGUUGAGAAGUCAGGAUGAGAUGUGGCCCCGAAAGAGAAAGGGGGCCCCACCCAGCCUCAGGCUAGGAAUAAGCACCCCCCAGAGGUGCCCCCCUACCUGCACCGGGACCCUGAAGGAACUGCUACUAGAGCGACGCCCCCCGAUCCUGACCGACCUGGACGUCCCCGGCCCCACCAAGUACGAGGUGCCUGACGCGGCGGUGCGAGAAUCUUCCCCACACCCCCACUACAGCAUUGGCUGCAAGUACCCGGGUCGAGAGGGCGGCGGCCGCAGGGCGUGGCAGACCAUGUGGCUUCAGAGCGAAAGCCCGUUCACGCAGAAAGUUGACUUCAACCGAGAGCAAAAGUGGCCAUCUCCUGCAGACUACAGGCCGCUCAGCCGCCCUUCUUUCCCGGCCUUUAGCUUCGGAGGCCGCCGCGUAAACACCCCCAAGACACCUGCGGGCCUUGCCCGCCCAGGCCUGCUCCGGGUCAAGGGCCCGCGUGCCCAUCUCCCGCUCCAGGCUUCUUUGCAGGCUCCGGGAGAGAAGCGCCCCAGCCCCAACACUUACAACGUCCUCCCGGGGUACCGUCUGCAGAACCCGCGCUCACCUGCCUUCUCCAUGAGCCGCUCACCUGCCUUUGCCUCCUGGUUCAGUUCCUCCCGAACCCCCGGCCCGGCUGCCUACUAUGUGGAGGACUGCUACAAUUCACGCUUCCCCUCUGUGCCCGGAGUGGUCAUCCAGGGUGUGCGAAGACCCAAGCGCCAUGACACAGGCCCCUUCUGCACGCUCUAG